GUGAAUCUCAUUACUCCAACAUUAAAAGGGAAACAUUGAUAAGAAUUUUUGAUGUUUCUGAAUCUGAUUUAAAAAUUUUAAAUCAAGCAGAGUUUUCAGUCCAUAGAUAUCAUAUGGAUUUAAAAGAAAAUCUCAAGCAUCAAUCAACACAAUUUACAAAUGACAACCUAGAAUCUUUUGGUAUUUUUUGUACUUACUCAAAACUACCAUAUAAUUCUGAUGCUUAUUUGUGCAAUGAUCAAACUGAACAUAAAAAUCACUGGCCCAGUUUGUAUCAAAAGUUGGCAUCAAAUGUUUUUCCUGAACAGGUGAAAAAACUGUUCAAUACAUUUACCAUGUUAGCUAUUAACUUCAACACACUAACAGAUCUUCAUUGUGAUGUUAAGGAUCUCGAUAAUAGUUUGUGCGUGGUUGUACCCUUGGGUGAAUUUGAAGGAGGCGAACUAGUGUUUCCAGAAAUAAACCUAGUGGUGGAAUUGAAGCGAGGAAAUAUUAUAUAUUUCCGAAGUAACAAAUUGCUACAUGGUAAUUUUAGAGCAUCUG